AUGGAGAACAUCAUCAGUCAGUGUCCAGAUGACUUGCUCUUGCGAAUAAUGUCAUGUAUUCCGACAAAAGAUGUCAUUGUCACGAGUCUUUUGUCCAAAAGAUGGCGAUAUCUUUGGAGAUCGGUGCCAAAACUUGAAUAUGAUUGUAGAAGCCAAAACAAAAGAUUCACACAGUUUGUUUACAGGUCUUUGCUAAAACAUAACGCUCCAGUUCUCCAGAGGUUGGAUCUCAAGAAUCUUAGUCUUCACCCUGAAUGCCGUGCCGUAGAUAUUGGACUAUGGAUUGAUAUUGCAGUUAGUCGUCAACUGCGUGAGCUUGAAAUUUCUAUUCAUUAUUCUGAGGAAGGAUCCUUCUGUUUGCCUAGUAGCUUAUACACAUGUGAAACACUCGAGAGCUUGUCACUCACCAUUAAAAGUUGUGUUCUUGUGGAUGUUCCUAUAGCAGUUUGUCUCCCUUCCCUCAAAAAAUUAUACCUAAUUAGGAGUUCCGGGUGCAUAGACAAUGCACAUGUUCUUAGGAUUAUAUCCGGUUGCCCUAAACUUGAGGAGUUGCGUUUAGCAAGACCUGAUGAUGGUGAUGGCGGCAAUAUGAUACAUAUGGCAGGCCACACUAUAGAAUUCACUAUUGAUGUGUCUUCCUCAAAAGGAUGGUCUUUUUUGGGGUAUGAGUUUGAUCAGAUAUUUGGAAAGGGUAGUAGAAAUGUGAUCAAGGCUCCUUUGAAGUACUUUUCUGUGUGUAAUUCUGUUCUUCUCGACUCCCGUCGGAGAAGGCCUGAUUUGGUCAUGGCACGUAUUGGGACUGCUAAUGGAUAUAUUACUCACAAGUAUCUCGCAAAGAUUACUAAGGUCAGAGGCCUUUAUCUAUGUUUAUCACUAUCAGAGGUUAUGAAUCCUUCUGAAAUGAUCUUUUGUCACCUUGUUGACCUUAAGAUAUGUACAUGUACUCAAGGUUGGUGGGAUCUUCUUACUCAUAUGCUCCAAGAUUCCCCUAAACUACAGUUUCUGACAGUCACCAAUGAACGUUGCCGUGGACUUGCUAGUAUAGAGAUCCCGUAUUGGUGGAAGGGGCCGAGUUCUAUUCCCGCUUGUUUGUUGUCCAGUCUUGAAGGUUUCAGGUGGAGUGGGUAUAAAGGGAGACAAGGAGAAAAAGAACUAGCAACAUAUGUCCUAGAGAAUGCUACUGGUUUGAAGAAAAUGAUUUUCUCUUCGGAAACAAUUGAUUUUAGAGAGAAGUAUAGGAUGCUCAAAGACUUAGCAUCUGUUCCUAGGCCUUCGCCAUCAUGUCGGAUUCUGUUCGACUGA